AUGCUUAGAGAAGCCAAGGAUGCCUGUUUAAAACCACUAAUAAUUGCCUUUGCACUUGCUAUCUGCUGCAUUGUUUUAAAUCCAUGUGGCAAAGAUAUUCGAUGUACUGAAAAAGUCAUUAAAAAGACGCAACUAAAUGCAAAAUAUAUUUCAAGUAAAAAUGAUAUUAUGGAUAUUCAAUAUAACUCGAGAGAUGUAAGUAAUGCAAACGAUUAUGAUGAUAAUAACAUUGAAGUGCAUUCUGAGGAUGAUAUCGAUGAAGAUGUGAGAUUAUUUGAGUAA